UGUGGUGGAUUAUCAAAAGAAAUGUGUCAUCGUCUCAUUGAGCUACAGGCAGCGACAGCGGGAGGUUGGUUAUGAUGCUGUUGCCAACUCUGAUAUUUUGGUCCAGUAUACCGGUUCUGUUUUGCUUCAGCUUCUCACAAUGUGACACAGAGGGCAGCAAUCUAGAUGUCUGUAAAAAUGACAUCGCUGAUCUCGGAGUACAUAGUUGUUUUCCAGAGGAUAAUGAAAUACAUGAUAUCAAGGAUGAUCAAAACUUCUACUGCGUCCUUCACCCAACAAAUAAACUCAACUGCUCCUGGUCAUUCCAACCUCUGCUGGAGCAUACUCAGCUUUCUGUCAGUAUGAGUAUUUGUGAUAGUGAAACAGUUCAAAGUCUGAGCCAUGUGUCUGAUGAAAGAGUUGGAUCAGUGUCUAGGGUUCUGCCUGACUACGAGCUAUUAAGUGUAAUCCUCAUCUUCAAUGUGUCGCUGAACGACAUGUGGAAGGUCUACACCUACGCCUACGACUCUGACACACUAGAAUUUCUGUCUCCACCUCCAUUCAUCUCUGCAUCAUUCAAUGAUGGAAACCUGUUGGUGAAUUGGACUGAGCCCCUCAGUCAAACAAAGAUUAAGCCAGAGUGCUUUGAAUACCAGCUAGAGGGUGUAAAGGAGAAACUCAUAACCUUGUUAAAUCAGAUGUCUCAUAAAGAGCUGAAUGCUGAUCCCCAAAUCACCUACAGAGUGAGGAUAAGGGCAAGGGUGAAUCAAGAGUCUUGCUUUGGAUCGUCUCAUUGGAGUGACUGGAGUCCGACUGUCAAGGUGGAAAAGCAAGUGGCAGUUGACGAUUUCAGCUUCCUGGUGGUCCUCUCCAUCUCACUUGGAAUACCCAUGAUCCUCCUGGCUGUGGUGCUGCUGGUUCGUUAUCAGAGGGUGACUAAGGUCCUGUUUCCUCCGAUUCCUCACCCCCCACCCAAGUACAAGUAUUUCAUAGAAAAAAAUGACACGUUCAAUUUUUUCUAUGCUGCGCCAUCGGUUAAGCCUGAGGAAGAGAUCACAGAGGUGGUGGAAGCAGAGCAAAAGCCUGAAAAGCCAUUUUAGAGGCAAUAUAGUUUAAAAAAAAACAAAAAAAAAACGCCUACCGAGCUCGCAUCUAAUGCCGUUCAGCAAAGCAUAAAUGUACUGCAUGCAUUUUAUGGAUUUACAUUCCAGCAAACACAUCUCAGAUAUUUGGAUCAUGUGUAUGUGUAAGUUGGGCCACCAUUGUGCCAGUCAUGAGAAAAUGAACUAGAGUGAUGCUUUGGUUAUUAAUUUAGACAAAAAGGUACAUGUCUAUUAAUGAGUUGUUAGGUGAAUCAUACACUUGAUCUUGCCAGCUGACCUGCGCUGAAAUGUGGAUCUAGUGCUUCUGCAAAAUAUACCUACCUUUUUGUGUGUUGAAUUUGGUUGUGUGAAAUAUAAUCAUCUGCAUAUUUGCAUUCACAUUCAUCAAUUUUUUUUCUCUGGAGUUAAACUUACUCAGAUGUAUCCCGGUGAAGAUACUAUAUAUCUCGUUCACGUUUUUUUGGGCAUAUCUUCCAAACUUUCCGAUAUUUGGAGCUCUAUAUUCAAAAUUCUGUGAGAUAUUUUUUGGUUGUCAGUACAAACCAGAUCCACUGAUUGCAGUAUUUUUGGAAUUUCAAAUGAGAACACCAGUAUAUACAUUUACAGCUUGUGCAAGGUUGUGCGUAGGUUAAUUUACCUUAAUUGGAAAGACCCCCUGUCCCUAAGUCAUACUCUGGUUAAGGGAAGUGAUGUUUAUACUGACAUUUGGUUUGAAACCCAGUCAAAAGUAAUAUAACGACCAUUUAUUACUGUGUGCUCCAAGUCAUUGCUGUAGUUCUGUAGACAGUUUUUAUAUUGUACUAUUGUGCUGCUCAACUUGUAUCUGCAAUUUUCUGUGUAUUAUGUUGCUUUUUUGCUAUUUGUAUGUUCAAAAAGCAAUAAAAACAUUUUAAAACAA